CUAGAAAAAGCAAAAAGACAAGAGAACGAAAAGAAAAUAGCUUUGUAUACCAGGUGCAUCAAGGGGUGAGGGGGCGGUAGGCACCUCCUUUACUGGCAAGUCCUUCUCUGCUCUCUUCAUCUCUUACCCAGAGAAAUGGGGGGAUGGGGUAGUCGUGGGGUAGAAGGAGCAUUUGAGAACAAUAGUUGGCAUGAGUACCAGAAGAAUAAGUGUAGCAAGGGGCCAGAGGGGACAUCAAGUGCUUGGGCCAAGACUACUUCGAAAUAGGCAUCUUGGGGGAAAGGGACCUUAACCUGCUCCCUGACUCCACUCUUCCUUGACCUGCUUUCACAGGGAACAUGAAUCUCACAUGGACCCUUCUUUUCCUCUUCCUCCUCUUGGAGCAAACUGUCUUUACUCUAAGUCUGCCCUUCUCAAGACGACAUAUAGACAACCCCGUGUCAUGGGUCCCUGGAGGACACCACCGGUACUGUGAUGUGAUGAUGAGGCGACGGUGGCUGAUCCGUGGGGGUAAAUGCAAGCAGAUCAAUACCUUCAUUCAUGAGGAUCUGGCCACCAUAGCGGAUUUCUGCAGAACUCCACCUGUGCCCUGUACCGGCAGCCGCUCCUUGCAAAGUUGCCACAACAGCACUCGUGAUGUCAGCGUCACUGACUGCUUUGCCAGAGCAGGGACCCGGCCCCCCUACUGCCACUACCAUAAGAAAGACUCCACCAGGCCCAUCCGUGUGGGCUGUGAGGAAGGAGCCCCUGUUCACCUGGACGCCUAGACUCCUCCCAGCCCUGCCACGGCAAGCACAGUGACUUGUACCCUUCCUCCAGAUCUUUGAGGCCCUGCCAAAGUCUUCUCUGUAAAUGCUUCUUCCCUUGCCAACAAAUCACCUAUUGUUUCCAGGCAGGAGUAUCUCCCUCUUAGCCUCUCCCCCAACCCUAACUCCACACCCUACCCCACACUCCCGCUAUGGGGUCAGGUAUUUGGGUGCAAGACAAGAUGGAGUGGGGGGAUAAAGCCCUCUUACCUUGUAAAGGGCAUCUACCCUGGAAGAGCCUUGCUCCCACGGAGCGGCUGCUCAAGCCGGGGCGGGGGCUGAGCUAAUUAGACCAUGAGCCACUCUAAGAAGAACUCCCAAAGAGGCUGGCCCUGGGCAGCCCUGUGUGGUCUAGCUCCCAGGAUCCUCCUCCUGGACCUUCAGCUCCCUUCUCCCCAGUGGGCUCCCUGCGGAGACGAUUAGGGACGAUACCCGAGAGGGAAACCUGCUUUCUCUGUAGAAACAAACCCAUACUGCUCAAGGCACGGCCCAGGGAGAAGUGGCAGAGCUGGUGACUCCACAGCGAGCGGUCCCGUCCAUCUCACUGGCCCGCAGGGGGCGCUGCGCCACAAGAGUCCCCUUGCCAAGCAAAGACCAGCGCUUCUUCCUAAAUUCUGCUCAGGGCAGCGGGAGAUGGAUUGGAAGUUUCUUAGUUACCAACCCAGGGCUGGAGUAUAAUAGGUGAAUUAACAGAAAAUUCAGCCAGCACAAAUACACCCUGAUGUUCAAAAAACAGACUUUUGAAAUUACGAUAACGUUCAUGCUCUCGUGCUCUUUAGUAUUUAACUUGCCACCUUCAGAUCUACACCCUAGCACAGCAAGUAUAGAGGAAAGGAAAUAGAUAGGUACAGAGCACUGACUUGUGCUAUAAGCUUUGCAGUUUGGCUGCACUGGAAAAGAGCCUAUUUCUUUCUUGGACUCUAUUACGUGCAUACACAAUCCCCUUCUGAAGGAAGCUUUUCUACCCUCAAGAGGGAGCAGCUGGCUAUAAGUGACCAUAUUCUCUGCGACUCCAACAAAAUGGUGACAUGGCUUUGAAUCAAAGGACCACACCAGACUCUAGGGCAGCCAUCCAGGGACUGACAGGGCAGGUGUCUGUGGCCUACACUGGAAUGGGCAUUUUACCCUCUUGGAAUAAUUGGGACAAAACUGGAUACUCAUAUUUUCAUCUUUUCCCCUGAUGCCAGCAGCUCGUAUUGUGUUGUCUUCUUUUGUGACCUUUGGGGCACAGCUUAAUGCUUACUAUAAACUGUGCUUUCAAUAAAUAUUUAAGGGGCCAAUGUGUUAAAUCCUGGUGGUGCUAUGGAUUUUUUGUAGACUCCCAUUUUCAGAAUGGGAAAAUUUCCUUCUCUUCUACUCCUGAAUGGAUUCUGAAUUUUAUUGAAUGAUUUUUCUGCAUCUAACCCUACAACCAUAUAGUAUUUCUUAAUCAAUAAAAUAAAUGAAUUUUAUUAAUGGAUUUUAGAAUAUUAAACCAACCUUUGGAUAAACUCAAUUUGGAUACACUAAAAAAACCCACAAAAAUCUGGAGUUUCCAUUGUGACACAGUGGUAAUGAAUCCGACUAGUAUCCAUGAGGAUUUGGGUUCGGUCUCUGACCCAGGUCAGUGGGCUGGGGAUCCAGUGUUGCUGAGACCUGUGUAGGUUGCAGACACAGCUCAUAUUCCUUGCGACUGUGGCUGCGACCACAGUCUGAUUCGACUGCUAGCUUGGGAACUUCCAUAUGC